AUGAGUGGCCAAGCGAAAUAACUUGUGUUAUAGCUGGAAGUGCUUGGGGCAGUUCUUAUAAAUUCAAUAUAGCCGAAUUACCAGCUGGUUGUGAUAUAUUUGUUAUUGGUCAAUAUGCUUUUGAUAGGGAUAAUGGUAUUGAUGUCCAUACAACAAAGGAGAAUAAUGAUAUAAUAAAAUCCUUGCAUGAAGCUAACAAGAUUGUUUAUUUAAUACUUGGAUUCGUUAAUAAAACAGACUGGCCCUCAAUAUUUGCUCCUAAGGACGAAGAACAAUAUAAGAAAGAAAAAAUGGGUCCGUUAAUCAGUUUUUUGAAUGAUUUUAAUAUUAGUGGUCUUCUCAUGAAUAUAAGAAAGAUUUAUGUGAGUUUUGAUUUUACAAUAACAAAUAAAGAGUUGGAUAUUUAUUUAAUUGACAUACAAAAAUUAAACGAUUUUUGUGAUUCAGAUGUUAAAAAAUAUGGUAUGACUCCAAUCAAAAGUCCAACUCCUAAUAUGACGAGUAUGGAACAAGUGACUUCAGCUGUAACUGGUUCAACAAUGGAUAAGUUGAAAAUUUAUGCUAUGUUAAAGUGUCAUGUAAGAAUUCCAAAUGGUCAACCGAAAAUAAAUAAUAAGCUAAUUACGUCGUAUUCUACGUAUUGUAGCACCAAUACACCACAGUCAUCUCUCUGGUGUCAGGAUCGUUCACAGUUUUCAUUUGACCAAGGGGCUUUUGCAAAAAAGAACUACAAAGGAAUAGUUAUAAAUAUUCUUGAUGGAGAUGAUUUCAAUUCCAGUUGUGGUUGUGGACUAUUUCCAGUAACAAACGCAAUGAUUAGUGGAUGGAAAUCAACUCCUCUCACACCGUGUCCCAGAUUAGAUUAAACAGAACAGACUAAUAUGGGAAAAAUUAAAUUAUAUCUUUUAAACUAUACCUAUAGUAUACAGUAAUAAUAAUUUAUAAAUAUUUAUCAAUAUUCUCACUAAAUGGCCUAAAUAUAUGUGUUUAAAUCAUUAAAAAUAAUAAUGUUUGUUACUACUACUAUUGUAAUGUGUAUUUCUGUUCAAAAAUUAUCACUUUUAUCAAUUUAUGAAUUAUAAUAUCAACACCUAAUCAGAAAAUUAAAAUAUUAAAUUGCUUACACGAAACAUGUAUAUAGUAUCAUAUUUUACGAAUUGAAUAACUACCGUUUGUGUAUGAAAAUUAAUAUACAAUUAAUUAGUACAUUUACAUCUCUAGAAACUACAAUAUUUGUCCCUGAUUCAUAGUAACUAAAUAGCCUCUAUAGGACCCCAUGAGAACAUAAUUUUAUUGUUUAAAUAUUAGUUAAGUUACAGAUUAAUAUAUAAGUUUUAUAAUUAUAUGAUGAUAAUAUGUGUAGCCAUCACUUUUCGGAACAGAUAAAAUACAUAAAUACUCAACUUUAAAGUGAUUUAAACUUUUCUGUUAGUUAAUUGGAUUAACGGUUGAAAAAAAAGUUUUGAUAAUAAUAAAACUCUACCUAUCCCUCUUUUCAAAAAAAAAAAAAAAAUUCUCAAUAUUAGCUUUUGCCCUUUGGUGUGAGGUUUCAUCAGAUAAAUAUUGUUAAUU